AAAUGGACAAAAGAAGUCAGCAACUUGGACAUGGGACACAUUGUGACUGAUGUGGUCAGUGCCUAUCAAAGUAAAUGGUCAAAUGUGGAGUUAAGGCUUGUCUGUGCGGUUCAAACCAACAGAGCUGCUGCAGCUCAAAUAGCAAAAGAAAAAAAAAAAAAAAUGUUUUACAUGGGCUGGAGUAGCUGCUGCAGACCAGUCAGGGUACCCCUGCUGACCCCUGUCCACUGCAGGAAGCUCCUACUAGGACAUGAGCAUCAGAGCUGGACCAUGGAGCAAUGAACGAUUUGGUCUGAAAUAUCAUGUUAUUCACUUCACCGGUUGUUGUGGCUGAUCGCUGUAUAGAAACAGCUUGUUGAUAUGUAAUCUUGAGCAUUUGAAUGCACCACACCGAUGGCAGGCAGCGACAUCCCAAAAAAAGACGCACGGUGUGAGUCGUCGUUUUCGAGGACACUCCUCUGUCCUCCUCUUACAGCACGCACCGUUAACCCCUCCUCUCCACUAUAAGCGCACGCUUCACCGGCGCGUCUCCUUUGACUCGGUCUGCCACCGCUGAGGGGAAAAGCAGAGUUCACUUCGGACUGUUUUCUCGCGUAAAUCUUCAUUUGUGCAGAUAUGGACGCUUCAGACAAAACACCGGUGAAACAGGCACAGGGAGAGGACUCAAAAGUCGACGUAGAGGCUUCUCCCGCUCGGGAUUCCGGUCUGAAGAGGAUACGGGGCUUCAUCCCGCAGCACUACCGCAAUGAGAUGGCACAACUUUUCAAACUAGCGGGACCAGUGAUCAUUUCCCAGUUGAUGAUCUUCAUGAUCAGUUUUGUCAGCACGGUGUUCUGCGGCCACCUGGGGAAGACAGAACUAGCAGGAGUUGCGUUAUCGAUUGCGGUGGUGAACGUCACCGGUAUUUCCAUUGGCUCCGGUUUGUCUUUAACGUGCGAUACCCUCAUAUCCCAGACGUAUGGGAGUGGAAAUUUGAAGCGUGUCGGGGUGAUUCUCCAGAGGGGGAUUCUGAUUCUGCUGCUGGCCUGUUUCCCCUGCUGGGCCGUCCUCAUCAACACUGAACCCCUCCUACUCGCUGUCAAGCAGAGCCCAGAGGUCGCCAGUCUCGCCCAGUUGUACGUGAAGAUCUUCAUGCCUGCUCUGCCGGCUGCUUUUAUGUAUCAGCUGCAAGGGAGGUACCUUCAAAACCAGGGAAUUAUAUGGCCUCAAGUCAUAACCGGAGCCAUUGGAAAUAUCUUUAAUGCAAUAAUCAACUACGUCCUCCUCUACUGUCUGGACUUGGGUGUUGCUGGAUCUGCAGCGGCCAAUGCUAUCUCCCAGUAUUUACUGGCUGUGGUCCUAUAUGUUUACAUAUGCCUGAGGGGUCUGCAUAAGCCCACAUGGGGAGGUUGGUCGCUGGACUGUCUGCAGGAGUGGGGACCCUUCAUCAAGCUGGCCAUCCCCAGCAUGCUCAUGCUUUGCCUGGAGUGGUGGAUGUUUGAAAUAGGAGGCUUCCUGGCUGGUAUCAUCAGUGAAGCGGAGCUGGGAGCUCAGUCGGUUACAUACGAGCUGGCUGUUGUAGCUUACAUGUUUCCACUGGGAUUCUCGUCAGCUGCCAGCGUACGUGUUGGGAAUGCUCUGGGUGCAGGAAAGAUAGAGCAGGCCAAGCUGUCGUGCAAAGUCCCCAUCGUCUGUACAUUCAUAAUUGCAUGUUUUGUUGGAGCUGGUCUCGGCGCCUCUAGAAAUGUCGUCGGAUACAUUUUCACCUCAGAGCAAGACAUUUUACAGAGGGUUAGUGACGUCAUGAUGAUAUUUGCCUUCACGCAUCUCGCCGAUGCCGUUGCGGGUGUGACUGGAGGAGUCCUGAGAGGAGCGGGAAAACAGCUGAUCGGUGCUCUGUGUAACCUGGUGGGAUACUAUUUUAUCGGCUUCCCCAUCGGCGUGUCCUUGAUGUUUGCAGCCAAUAUGGGGAUUGUAGGGCUGUGGACAGGACUUACGAUUUGCGUGUUGAUGCAGACCAUUUUCUUCAUCACGUUUGUGUGCAAACUCGAUUGGAAUAAGGCUGCAGAAGAGGCUCGCGUGAGAGCGGGAGUCCAGAUUAAAGAAGGAAAAGAGGUGGUGCAGAUGGAAAACACAGACUCUAAUCACAACCAGACCCAGGCCAAUAAUACUCCAUCCAGCUGUGAGAGUGCUGAGCAGGACCACACAUACCAGGAAGUACACAUUCAUGGCCAGAAUACCACCACUACCACCACAGUGGGGGAUGUUCUGUCAGUGACUCAGCUGGUCGUACGCCGUGGCCUGACGUUGCUGCUCAUGGUCGCCAUCCUUGCUGCUGGAAUCAUCGCCAGCACUUUCCUCUCAAAGCUGCUGAAAUGACGGGCAGUUGCAGGGAAACUUCCAUAAAUUUCAUGCACUGUCCAUCCUACUGAGAAUCAACAGUCUGCAGCUUUACUUUUAGCCGUGUUAUAUUAAACUGUGCAGACAUUCGGUGCCCGAAACAGGGCGUGAACAAGGUGAAGAUGAGGUUGGGAAAGGCCAGCCAAAGAGAUCCAGAUAUUUAUGCAAUGGGAUGAUCACGGCCUCUUUCCGUAAAGUGUGUGAGUUACAACAAGCAGGUGUUUGCUACGACACUGCUCCUCGUUACAGUUAACCUGGUACACCUGCAGUCGCUUAACACAACUUUAAUGCACGUGGCUGCAUUUACAUGGACAACAUUCCUUUAACACAACAGAUUUCAACCCAACUUUAAAUAAAAUUAUCUGAUCAGAUUCAUGUUUUUACACAUCUCUAAACAUCAAUCACAAUAGAACUUUUAUUUUUGGACAAAAUGUCAGCGAGGGAUCUCAACUUAGGCCAUUAGCAGUUAGCAAGAGAAGAACUGUUUGAAAGCUCAUGAUGAACAUGAAGUCUUGAUUAUCUGGACAUUAAUGGGCGAUUGGAGCAACAGUCAUUGGUAUCAAAACAAAUUCUGGUCUUUAACAGACGCUAAGACGCUUAGAGUUCCAAGUUGUCACCACCCACAGAUGUUCCUGUUUAAACUGUAGAGGCUACAUAUUUGGAUGAAAUGUCUUCUAGAAACUCCAGCUUUUUCUUAGUGUCAGCUUGUUCUGGGGGUAUUUUUGACAACGUGAUGGGGCACCAAGUUGUUUCCCCAACUUUAGUGACCACUGAUUUCAACAUUGCUCUCUACAUAGAUUCCAGCUUUGUUCAUCUUUUUAUCGCUUUUAUGGACGACUGGUUGUUUCGCUACCUCCAUGUUUCUGUCCCUGCUGGAAACUGAACCAGCUCAGUUUUACCCCAUGUGGAGCAAACAUGCUCAGAAAGAAUGGAUUUAGCCGAGAGAUAUCGUCAGAUCAGGUGUUUACGUGGUUAUUAAAACGUCAAAUUUUACUGCUACUUUUCAUUUCAAUACCAGUGAAAUAUUAACGUCCAUGUUAACGUAGCCAUUAUGUUCAAACAUGCCCUGUUUCCUUAAGCCUUCAGCAUCAAAGUUGAACGGUAACAGACUGGAACAUGCUGUAGUUUGUAAUUACAAAAUGAGAAAUUUAGGAAGUUUUGAUUUUAGAGUAAGACUUCAGAAGUGUUUACAUUCUGUACCUUUAAUUCACCUCUAUGUUAAUAAUUCUUUAUUUUGUCGUCUAUGGAUUUUUUCUUUUUUCUUUUUUUUUAAUGACCAACACGUAAGAACUCCAAUGUUUACUCAAGUUCCUUUUGAGAAACUUGAGUUUACCGUUGUAGUAGAUAUUUAGUGUGCACAUAGUCUUCCUCUCACCAUCAGCAUCCUCUGCUCUGCAUAUACUCAUGAUUUUAAAUGUGGUUUAAGUGUGUGUGUGUGACCCUGACUUAAUGUAUGGAUCAGUCUGUUCUUUUGAUAGUCUUGUUCUGUUGUCCUAAAGAUAAAUUAAGAAACAAAAAAACAAAGUUGCAUAUAAAUAGAAAGUUGUGUUUGUGUGAGUGUCAUAGUCACUAUAUUGUAUGUAUGAUUAUUGCGCUGUACAGUCGCUGAGGAUGACAGCCUGAUGUUUGGUGUGAACACUGACUGAAGAUGUCAAGUGUGCCUGCAGGAUUUUAUACAUUGCACAGCUGCUCUGUGAUUGACGGGAUAACUGCGUUAAUAAGCAGGUGUCCCUAAUAAAGUGAUGACUGCU